AUUAAUUACAUUGUCAAUGUCCACCCCAGUGCAGUAUGUCUCGGCACCGCAUGAACCACACCGCAGCAGCAGCCACUCAACACCUAAGCUGAUUGUGGUUGCCAAUCAAGCGCUGAUGAUCAGUACAUACAAGCACCCACAUUAGCAACCUUCUCUUGAUCGCACCAUCAAGUGCCUAGGGCGCUAGCUGAAAUGCACCUCUCCGCAGCUCUUGCAAUCCUCCCAGAUCUGUAUGUAGUCAUCAAGACCGGUCUCUGGCCCACUAUCCUGGCAAUCUGUCAUACUCCCUCUCUACUACUCCAACCACAUGAACUCUCCCACAUCUUCAUGUCUCACGUAUGGAAGCUCUUCAGUAACGGCGUCGACGGAAACGCAAAGGCCACCAAACAAAAGCUCAUCACCCCACACGCAUACGGCGUAGUACUCGACAUCGGCGCAGGACACGGACAUACCAUCAACUACCUCGACCGCUCCCGCGUCACUAAAUACGUCGCCUUAGAACCCAAUACCCACAUGCACGCCGAAAUCCGGCGCACAGCCUCAGCUGCCGGAUACACCGAAUCCACCGGCAGCGCUCCUCAUCCUCUCCUGCGGCGCCGAACAUAUCAGCACGAUCCUCUCUUCCCUCCCACCUGUCGACACUCUCACACCAUAUCGGGCUUAAUCACGGAGGUACUGUUCUACGAACAUUGUCUUAGCGAUAGGAGGGAUGUUGGGUGGUGGCAGGCAGUUUUGGACGCCGCUUUGGAGCGUGUUUUUCGGGGGAGGUGGAUUGAGGAUGUUGGGGGGUGGGUUGAGGGAGAAGGUGUGUGGGAGAUGGAUAAGGAGAUGGAAGAGCACCUGUUUGGGUAUCGAGCGGGGAGAUUUGUUAAAGCGGGGUAGAUGCAUUCAACAAGAACAGUCGGGCAAUAUCGAAUUUUAAAUGUAUUGUGAGCACGUACUAU